AUGGAAUCGAUGAGAGCCGUGUUCUCUCUAGUGGCUCUCCGCGACCCAGCUGAAAUCCUGCCUCUGAGCGUUCCACUCGAUCGCCGCCGUCGUAGGUUCGCCAUUGUCGAAGUGAAGCCCUUUGGUACCUUUGACCCUUUUGUCAGCGACUUGCGCAAGGUAGAGGAGGACAAGAAGAAAAACGAUACCAUUAAAAACAACCACGACCAGGGUACCUCGAUUAUCAGCCCCGACAUCUCGCGCUUCGAGCCCACCACCCAGAAAUGGCUGAAGCAUAUCGCAGACACCUGCCUCAGCCUCCGAAUUAACCACGCCGCUGUCACCGACCACGUCCGCCUCAUCAUGCUCGUGUUCCCCGCGAUGAACAUCAGCCAAGACUCCUCUUCUGCCCCUGGAUGGCUGAGAGCUGCGGCGCGGGAUACGCCUUUUGACGUUUGA